CUAACUACGCGACUUGAAGCUAAUGGGGACGCGAGCGACUCAACCUCCGGGCGGGCACGUCUUGCCUGGUGGUCGUAGAGUAGCCUCUCUGGCAUCGUUUGCUACUUAAGAAGAGGCGUUGGUGACUUGCAACUACUCUCUCCCCCCUCGACGUUUCUCUCCUCCUCAAGUGCCGACUAUGCCCAGCACUCGCGGCUACCGCACCUUCGCUCUGCCCUCGGGCAUCCUCAUUCUUGCGCUCAGCCUCGUUGUCACGGGACUCGCAGCCUAUCUGACGAACAGGUCUAUCGAGCUUCGAAAUAUAGUCAACGACUACAUCAAGAACCAGACCUAUGACCCCUCUAAUCGCUUCGAAUACAACUCAGAACGAAACCUCUAUCUGAAUGCCCAGGCGAGAGCGAACAACCUCGUUGCCAGCUCCUACUUCUCUGCUGUCAUCGGGGCCUGGACCUUUGUCAACACGCUGCUGUUCCUCAUCCUGCUCCUCAUCUGGGGCAAUGGCGACAAGAUGCAGGGAGGCGGCGCAGCAAGGACGGCCGUCCGCUUCCUAGCUGGUCCUGCGGGUUGGGGUUGUCUGUUGGCGGUGGAGUGGAUCACCUGGCUAGCCGUUGCUGCGAAGGCGACCCAAAUCAACAUCUUCACUAACGACUGCCGCUUCACCGGCAAAUACGAGGGCGUCUGCAAAGUAGCCCCGGCCUACGGCGGCAUACUAUGGGGGACUUGGCUCCUCGUCUCCCUCUUCUGCAUCAUCAGCCUCAUCUUCGCCCUCAAGAUGCCCCGCACCCUUGGCGGCUUCCGCGGCGGAGGAGCUGACCCGAAUCCUCAGUGGGACUCCGGCAACAGCCAAGGCUAUGACUACGGAAAGCAGAGUGGCAACAUGCAGCAGGCUCCUCAACCUCUCCCUUACCAGCAGUACGGCGGCCCGCAGCCUAUGGGCGUUCAUGGGAUGCAGCAGGGCCCUACGUACGCGGCGCCUCAUGGAGGCAUGUCCAACACGCACAUGAUGCAGCCGGCUAUGGGGACCAUGGGCACAGGUCAAAUGUAGAGGAGGCGUGAGGUGUCCCUUCGCGUCCCGGUGUUGGUCUCCCUUUUCUCCCUCUUCGUACCUCUGCGCGUGCGGAAUCGCUAUCAAUCUUUGAGCCUCUCGUCGUCCGUAAUCGGCAGUGAGUUUGAAAUUGAUUGAUGUCAUUGUGAACGCUGUAGGAGAGCUGAUGAUGUGACAGAUGAUUGUGUUGUGAGACGAUGAGUAUUAGAGAGCGAGAAAGCGUCAGGAUCGGAGCGGUAGCGGGCGAGCAAGCCAAGCUGCAGUGCUUGCUCUUGCGACGCGCUGCUGAGGGGA